GGGCUUGGUGGGCUCUCCGUUUCAUUGCUAAGCUUUAUAUGUAUUUUGAAUAAUAUAUAAUUUCUAGGCAAAGGUUCGUCUUUCAAGGAGUCUGUCUUGUCGCUUUGAUUAUCACUUUUCUGUCAUUUUUACAUCUUGGUAAAAUAAUUUGUUUCCUCCACUUUCUCUACCCCCAAACACAAAUUCACUCUCCUUUUCCUCCAAUGUCUGGCUUGUUUUCUUUUUCGUUUAGAAGCUUUUGAUGUCUUAAUUUGUUAGAUUCCAUAUGGAAGAAGGGGCAUCCAGGGAUUGCAGAAGCUGGAAUGAGGAAAUUUAUUGGACUCAUUUUCAGUACGUCCAUUUCUCUCGGUUUCUCCAUGCUGGGUUUGAUCAGUGCUUGGCAAUCCCUGAAAAUUUUACUAGAAAUUUGCCAAGGAAGUUGCCUAAUACUGUGACUCUUAAAAGUCCUUCUGGUAUCAAAUGGGAAAUAGGCCUAACUGCAAAUGAUAAUUCCUUAUUCUUUGAGCAUGGCUGGAAAGAAUUUGUCAAAUAUCACUCUCUUGAAGAGAAUGAUAUUUUGGUCUUUAAGUACAACGGGGAAUCUCACUUUGAUGUUUUAAUGUUCAAUGGGUGGAGUAUGUGUGAGAAGACAGCUUGCUACUUUCUGAGAAAACAUGGACCUAAAGAACAUGACAGUGGAUGCCAAAUUAAAAGAGAAAGUGGUAAAAAAUCUGCUGGAGUUGUUAUUGGAAGUUGUCCGAAAAAGAAACCUAAAAAUAAAAACAUACAUACACCACUAAAGCAGCCUGUCAUCUCCAAAUUUGCCAAGAAUGUUACUGCAGGAAACAAAGAACCUUGUGAUGAGGACAUAGAGGCCAAACCUGACAUUAAGCACAGGGAAAAAGAAAUACAGUGUGUAUUACAAUUAGCUCACGCAACACUAACUGAUAAGGGCUUCAUUGUAAUGAUGAAACCCACACAUGUAUCCAGGAAAUUUUUUAUGUCUAUCCCUUCAGCAUGGAUGACUAAACACAUCUCCUGUCGAGAAAAUCAAGAUGUAAUUCUACGAAUGAAAGAGAACACAUGGCGCACAAGAUUAUAUUAUCGUAGAAAACCAAACAGAGGAGGACUUGCCUGUGGUGGGUGGAGGAGUUUUGUUUUGGACAACAAGCUACGUGAAUUUGAUGUAUGUGUGUUUGAACCCGGUAGUUUGGACAACGAGUCCGUUGUUCUAGAUGUUAAAAUCUUUCAUGUCAAGAAAUGAGUUCGGAUCUACAAGGGGCCGAGAUCUUCAGCUUGUAUAAUGUUCUGUUAUUAGCUGUGCUUUGUGAAUAGCUUUUAAACUGAGGUAGUUUGUUUGUAUUGUGUGUAGGGCAAAUUAUAACCAUAUCAUGAUGUUUAACCUAACUAAUUAGAAUAUUUUUGUAUUUUUGUUAUUGUGUUAAAAAGUCUAUUCCUUUAAUGAAUAAGGACAUCCUCCAAUUAGAAUAGUUA